ACUAUUGGUAAGAGGUUAUUCAAAAGUGAUUAAUUUGGGUAGUUUUUCAAAGGUAAAAGGAAAAUCAGUAUACAAUCACGGGUCACUAGUGUUUCUCAUCAUUUCUAAAGCUUUCUUUUGUAUAAAUGCUUUCAAAAUAGUAGAAGAUAAACAAAGACCUGAAAUAAAGGCAAAACUUCCUGGGAUCAGUGGUUGUUUUUUCUGUGUGAGAGAAGCAGACAGGGGUCGUUUCACUUAUCGCAACUCGGCUUACGCAUAAUACUCUAUUUUAAACUCCGAGAAGAAUGCUGGACUACUUUCACGAGAAAGACACCAAGCAGGAAGAGAAUAACAGUUUAGUUGGCAAUAGAUCUGAAGCGUCAAAGUUCACCUCUAACGAUAUUGGAUUAGAUGUCGCCUCACUGAAGAUUAUUGAGCUAUCAAAAAAGAUUAGAGAGUUGAAUGCUGCACUUAUCAGUGAGCGAAAUAAAUGCAAUAACCUGCAUCAAACAGUUAAGCGGCUAGAGUCCAGUAAUCAAAGUAAAGAAGCUGGUGUUUGUCACUUAUGUAAGCAAAGUAAGAUGUCAUACACCGAAGAGAAGUUGGACAGUACAACUGAACGUAUGGAACAGGAGAAAAAGCUGAAGAAACUGGAGUCUGUUGUCUCGGAGCUGCGUCAGAAAGUUCAAGUCUUAAAUCGUGACUUAUUACUGGCUAAAAAGGUAGUUGAAGCCGAGACAGGAGAGGCAAUACCCAAUAUCAGCACUUGGUUAACUAAUAUGCGGCUGAAGAAUGGAAUUCAGGAUGGUGGUACAUGCUCAGUAUUUUCAAACUGGCGUGGUCGACAACAACAGAUAUCUGCAUUGAAAAAUCGAAUUGCAAAACUACAGUCACAACUCAAUGCUAAAACGAUCUCUCGUUCAGAAGAUAUUAUUUGUAAACAGAAUGCAGAGGAUGAAUUAUUUUCUGGUGCAACAUCAUUUGGCAUCAGUUACUUUCAAGAGGACGGAGAAUUACAAACACCGAAAACAUGUCAUACGCCUAUGCUGAAUCAUCUGACAGAACAGAAUUUAACGAAAUCUUCUGCAAAACAACUACAAGAUGAUAAAAAGCAGUUAGAAGAGGAGUUGUGCUCUACUAAGAGUAAACUUCAAAAAACGAAACAACGUGUUAACAAUCUUGGGCAAGAGCAAAAGGAGCUUAAAAAACAAAUUGUUUUCCUGAUACAGAAAGGAAAACAUGACGAUGAACUUAUAGAAUCACUAGUUCAACGUAAUGAAUGCCUACAAAAAGAAGUCACUAACAUGCAGAAUUUAAUCACAGAAAGAGAAGAGGAAAUAGAAAGGUUGAAUCAGGAAUUAUCGAGUCUGGAGCAAAGGAAAGAAAUUGAAGUAGACAAAUUAAAGGAAAUAAUUGCCGAGAAAAACGAGCACAUUGACAAUGUAAAUAAAUGUCUUGCUGAAGCAAAUCAGAAAGAGAAUGAUUCCAAAUGUGAACUGGAGAACAACAGAAAUGGAACACCACCCAACUCAAAACAACAGAAUAACUCCUCUUCCUGCUCCUUCAUUGAUAGCGAGUACGAUCUGGUUAAAAGUCUCACAACUGAACGCGAUGGAUUACUAAAGUUAAUAGAAGGCAUGGAAUUCAGAAUUGAAGAGCUGCUUAGUCAGAAAAACGCUCUGGAAAUACAAAAUGCUCAAUUGGCGAGAAGAAGUGAUGACAAACACGGCACAAAGUUGAAGUCUUCUACAAAAAGGGAGAAAAUACCCAACGUUAGCAAUUCAGAGACCAAUGAAGAUGACACAAUGCUAGACUAUUUACUCAAUAGUAAUUAUGUCAAGGAUGUGAUCUGUCAAUGCAAUCUCUCAGCUCAUUCAGUCAAGAUAAUAACAAAGUGUAUUAGAGAAUUACAAACUGCACUGGCAAAGUCUCAUGAUGAAAUAAUAAGCUUGAAAGGCAAUCUAAAACUGACCUCAGAUUAUCGCAAAGAAGAUUUGAAAUUGGUUAUGCAAAUGGUUGAAGAAAUACGACAACAGCAGAGAAACAAAAGCUCAACUUGAUCGAUUAGACAAGUUUUCUUGGUGGUGACUUGUCAUUGAUGUUAAUUGGUUAACAUACAAAUCAUUGUGAUAUCAGAUAAUGUCUUUCAAAUGACAGGUAUUUUUUUUAAUUACAGCUUGAUUCCACAUAAAACUUUUGGGACAGGUAUGGAAUUUUCAGUAUGUGAUAUCGAUAGCCCAAAUUUUACAGGCCGACCAUAGAUAUCAGGU